AUGGCUGCAGAAACUGGUCAAGUUGAGACCGCAGAUGUUCUGAUAAAGUACAAAGCAGACGUGAACCGUGAAAACAACUUGGAAUGCAGAGCGGCGCCGUUGCACAUUGCUACUUUCAUGGGGAGCGAUUGCAUGGUGCGGACGCUGGCGGCUGCAAGGGCGCAAGUGGACAAGACGACCACUCGAGGGCAUACGGCCUUGCAUUAUGCCGCUUGGGGAGGUCAUGUGGAUGUGGCCAGAGCCCUGCUAGAGGCUGGAGCCGAUAAGCACCUGUCGGUUGGCAAUCCACGGCGUGGCAUCAAUGCAAUCUUCAUGGCAGUCAUCCAGGACCAGGAGGAUGUGCUGCAGCUGCUCUUCCAAGGCGACCAACGCGGUGCGAACUUCUGCAAUUUGCUGCUGCACGUGGCGGCCAGGAAUGGCCAGGUGCAGACCAUCAAAACUUUGUGCGAGUCGCGGUGUGAUGUGAACAUGACAGCGACCACGGAGGACAUCGCAGGCGGGCUCAAUGGACAGCUUGGAAUGCUUUGA